CCCCGCCCGCACGGCGGCUCUCGUUCCACCUGCACGUCUCUUGCUUCUGCUGCACACUCUCUGCUUGCAAUGUCGCCUGAGUUCCGCGCCUUCCUUGCGCUUGGCAGCCGCACUCCAGCAUACUCUGGUGUGUUUGGGCGAGGCCCUGGGCGAAGCCCUGGGCGAAGCGUCGUCGUCGUCCAUUGCGCUGCAGAUCUGGGCAAUGGUGUCGAGCACGUCCUGCGGAACAGGGGCGGGCGGCAUGGUGAUGGUGGUAGGGCAGAGGGCACCAGCGUUGGUGUGCGCCGAAUGGCGCCCCUGACUUGGCGCAGCGCGUGCUUAAGGUCAUUGGGGCGGCAACCCCCUAUGGCCUCCAGCCCCUCUUCCUUUUCCCCUGCUCAGGCGUGCCGUCGCUCUCUCUCUCUCUCUCCGCCCACACACCUCUCACGUCCCUCCUCAUCACGAUGUCACCCGAGUAUCAGGCCUUCCUUGCGCUUGGGGCGUACUCCUGCAUACAGUGCCAACUUCGAGAUCACCGACACGGGCGCGCGCUUCCGUCAUGAUCCUACCAAGUUCAACUUCGACGAGGUACUCCUCCGCGAUCCAGCUCUCUACGAAGCGGCUUUCGAGUCCUUCAUGCAGGCGAACCCGGCCUGGCGUGCAGCAAUCAGCAAGGCGCGGGGCCCGCUCUCCAACGAGGCCAUCGAAGAGCUGAUUGCUGAAGGGUGCUCCAGCAACAACGGCUGCAUCUACAUUGUCAAGGCAGAGAAGGUCGACGAGACAAGCCAGGCGCACUGUGUGGAGCGACGUUUCUACGUCGGCAUGACACGCAACACUGAGCUUCGAGAGGAGGUGCACCUCACGGUGUCGAGUUGCCGUUACGUCAACGCAGCAGCGGCGGAAGGCUUCGACAUCUCCUUCCACCCCGUCAUCUCCGCUGCGGAUGCCGCCAGCUUGGGCGAGUGGGAGGAAAGAGCCCGACUCUACUACCCUGCCAUCGCAGACGAGCCGGUAAAGCUCAGAGAGUGGGCACAGCGCGCCGAGCUGUACUUCAGCGAGCACGUGGCCAACAUCCUCACCGGGGCCACACUGGCGCCGCGUGGCAUGAACAGGCGCUGCGUUGACAACAAUUCUGGUCGCAUGAGCUUCGGGCCCGCAGAGGAACGCUUGGUUGUUGUCGUCUAUACGUGCGCGUGGUACCUUCUGCGCGCGACCGGCAUCGAGACGUAUGCGCCUAUCAAAGCACACUUUCCUCUUCUCCACAAUGACUUUAUCAGGUCAAUCGCACGUCGGACAAGGUAUCGGGGCUACACUCUGAAGUACGCCUCGCCGGAUGACGCC